AUGAUCACUUUGGAAAAACCAAGGCAUUAUCUAGACAACCUAGACUCUUCAAUGGGAAUCCAGUCUCUGGUUUGUCAGGAACUGGGAUAUAGCUACAUGGAACUGAAUGCAAGUGACAUUCGGAGUAAAAACAGUUUGAAGGAGAUUGUUGCUGAAUCACUGAAUAAUACCAGCAUCACAGGCUUUUAUUCAACUUCUCAACACAGGUCAGGUAGAGCAGCCCAUUCAGUAAGCACGAAACAUGCUCUAAUCAUGGAUGAAGUAGAUGGCAUGGUAGGCAAUGAGGACAGGGGAGGAAUUGAGGAAUUAACUGGUUUGAUAAAACAUAAAAAAAUUCCCAUUAUUUGUAUAUGCAAUGAUAGAAAUCAUCCCAAGAUUCACUCUUUGGUUCAUUAUUGUUUUGAUCUUAGUUUUCAAAGACCUCGAGUUGAACAGAUUAAGGGUGCUAUGAUGUCUAUUGCACUUAAAGAGGGUUUGAAGGCCCCGCCUCCAGCUAUGAAUGAAAUAAUUUGGGGAGCUAAUCAAGAUAUCAGACAGGUUUUACACAAUGUGAGGAUGUGGUGUCCACGAAGUAAGGCACUAACCUAUGACCAGGCCAAGGCUGAUUCUCACAGAAUCAAAAAGGAUAUGAGACUGGGCCCAUUUGAUGUUGCCCGGAAAGUGUUUGCAGCUGGAGAGGAGACCACUCAUAUGUCACUUGUGGACAAGUCAGAUCUCUUUUUUCAUGAUUAUUCAAUAGCACCCCUAUUUGUCCAGGAGAACGACAUACAUGUGAAGCCUGUAACUGCAGGGGGUGACAUGAAAAAGCACCUGAUGCUUUUAAGCAGAGCAGCAGAUGGCCUAUGUGAUGGUGAUCUAGUGGACCAUCAGAUCCAGAGUAAGCAAAACUGGAGUCUUCUGCCUACACAGGCCAUUUAUGCCAGUGUUCUUCCUGGAGAGUUAAUGAGGGGGUACAUGACCCAGUUUCUUACCUUCCCAAGCUGGUUGGGGAAGCACUCAUCUAUUAGCAAACAUUAUCAUAUUGUACAGGACCUAGCACUUCACAUGAGUCUCAGAACUGAUUCCAGCAAAAGGACUGUAAAUGUGGAUUAUCUGUCACAUAUAAGGGAUGCAGUUGUACAGCCCUUGACCUCAUAAGGGGUAGAAGGAGUGCAGGAUGUUAUUGCUCUUAUGGAAUCCUACUACUUGAUGAAAGAAGACUUUGAGAAUAUCAUGGAAAUUAGCAGCUGGGGAGGCAAACCUAGUCCCUUCUCCAAGCUGGAUCCCAAGGUGAAAGCAGCCUUCACAAGAACUUAUAGUAACACUGGGUGUAAUAUACAAACAAUGAAUCAUGGAACACUACAUCAAAAACUAAUGAUGUGUUGUAUGGUGACUAACAUACCAUAA